UUUAAAUAUAAUUAGGCCCAACUCCGAGGAGGUGGAGUGCUGCUGUUGCACAAAAAAGAUGUCUAGCGGCUCCAGUGAAGUUGAUGUGAUAAGAACACGAAUACCUGCUUAUGAUGAUGAUAACACUGUUCUUUAUGCAUAUGAACCAAACACUGCAUAUGUCAAUAAUCAGGAAAGCGUGAUGUCUGACACAUCCUACAACGAAGAACAACAAAAAACAGUUAUGGAUGUCCUCACUCAUUGUCAGGUCAUCUAUGAUGCUAUUCAAAAUCUGGAUAAGAAAUUUGAUGUCAUUCAUGGAAAAGUUUCAAAAAUACACCGUUUUCGUGUGAAAUCAUUGUGGCAGAAUCGCAAGCCACUUGGAUAUGCUUACAAAAAUUAUAAUUACCUGCUUUCCAGAAAGAUCAGAUUCCAGAAAAUGAGGAAAAAGGAGCCUCCUUCUUCAUUCUCUUACCCUGAAAGUUAUAGCCCAACUAUGCCGGUGGAGAGGCCAGCAAAUGAUUCUCCGAUCAACCCUGUAGGAACACCCUACCAUUCAGAGGAGGGGUCCCCAGAACGGGAUCCGGAGUCACUCCUCCAGGAGCAGGAGCCGAAUCUGAGCCAGAGUCCGACACUACCAUCCAUGUAUUCUUCGCAUUCAUAUCAGCCAUAUUUCACACCUGAUGAUCCAGUGCAGGGCUCCUCUUCCAUGCCCUGCUAUUCCAGCCCAGGGGCCCACAGCACCCACAAUAUCUUCUCACCUACCCGACCUUCUGUAGCAGUAUCUGGAUCCAUGCUGGGUCAAGGUGAGCCCAGUCCGGCACAUAACCCGGAGAGGAUGACUUACCCAACUCUAAUGGAAAAUAAGAGCCUCGGCCGUAGUGCCUCAUCUGUUUGUAUCCCGCCCAACGUUGCUACAAGUUCACCAAUUGGAACAGAACCAGGGAUCCUAAAACAAAGCUUCUCUGAUGACCCUUCAACCUGGUCCGUGGAUGAAGUGAUCCAGUUUCUGAAACAUACAGAUCCUCAGACACUCACCCCCAUCGCUGACCUUUUCAGGCAACAUGACAUUGACGGGAAGGCUCUGCUACUACUCAAGAGUGACAUGAUGAUGAAGUAUAUGGGGCUGAAGCUGGGCACAGCUGUGAAGUUGUGCCACUACAUUGAUAGGCUUAAAGAAGAAAAGUUCUUUAACAAUUGAAAACACGGUAGUGUAGAUUUAGCUUGGACGUCAUUCAGGGGAGACUCCGUGCCAUUUUGGUGUAAAACCAUUUUUCUGCCCUUAAAAGUUUUUGUUGUGUAGAAGGUUCUUUUAAAACCAUGUUCUGUCCAGAAUUGCAGAACUACAUUACAGUCUGGUCUACUAUUUUAGAAGCCAUUUAACAUGUUCGUAUUGGCAUAUUCAUUGGGAGUUUGUUCUUUAUAUCUUUUUAUUAGUUUCACUGAAUAGUUUACAACUGUACUUCACACAGGAAACAGAAACACCUUUAAUAUCUGUUCAUCCUUAUCUAUAGAACCAAAACAGCUGAAUCCCAAAGAGUAAAUAUCAGGGACUGAAAAGUUCUCUAAUAAAUCCAUGGGUUUUCCUUAUAAGAAAACUUCAAGAUGCAACUGUAGAUAGCAUCUUUCUAAAAUAUUUUGUGUUUGUUACUACAAGGUUCUGUUCAUGUUCUACCAGCUUCCCAAAAGGGAAAGCCAUAUAAAUUAUUUUCCUUUCUAUUAUUAUUUCUAUAUAUGUUAUAUUCCUAUUUAAAGAAAAGGCAACCUUAUAAGCUUUCGUAAAAUAUUCUUACCAGUUUUUAGAUAAAUUGUUAGAUAGAAUGGUCAUUUUAUGCAAGAGAUACUUAGUUUAAAACUUACAUAUUUUGCCUAAGCUUGGACAUUUCAGUAGGCAUUCAUUGCUCACAUCUCUCUAUAAAGAUGCCUAUGUCCAGAUUUUUGAAAGAUAUAUAUUUUAUUGUCUGUGUUCAUAAUGAUGCUGUUUCAUAUUUAUAUUUUAUUCUGUAUCUGAAGUAUACACACAAGUAAAUCUUUUCUUUUUGAAUUUAAGAAUAGCACUUUGCACUUCACAGAGGUAAAGAUUAACUAUAAUUAGUGAGAUGUUUUUAUUCUGUUAAAAAUAUUCGCACAUUUGCUGUCACUAGUACCUCUCAGCUGACUCUUUAAGGCUUCCAUACGGGGAAGCUCUCUGUCCUGUGCAAUGUUUCUAGUUCAUUUGCUUUCUGAGCCAUUUAUCCUACUAAACUUCGGAAGAUACAUUAGCUCUGAUAUGUCAUUUUGGACUUUAUUUUAAAAAUUAGAACUUUCAAGUGAAAACUGUUCAUUGUUUUGUUAUUUAUUACCUUGUUAUAUUGUAUAACAUUCGAUAGAAUACUUACAAGCUGUGAGAAUUGGUGCUAAGUGUAUUAGCCAUUUGUUAUAAAUGCCAAUAAAAUGUUCACCAGGGGCAAAAAUGCACAUUUUCCUUUUCAAAAACCAAGUGUACUUUAUAAACAAAUGCAAUUCUUUACUGGGCAUACAUAAUUUAAAAGGUGUUUUUAUUUAUGUUAUUCAUUUAUGUUAUUUCUUGUAAGACAAGAUUCUAUUUUAAACUUGAUCUUCUCUCAAAUUGUUUGUGUGAAGAUGCUGUGCCCAGUUGAACAGUCCUCAGGUGUUUGUAUGAAUACUAUGUUUUACAGUUUUCAGAUUUUAAAAUAUAAUAAAGUUUUAAAACCACAA